AACUUCAUCUUUCGCAGUUACAAUGUUUCCUGCACCACUCUUAAGGUUGCACCUCUGAUGUUUGUAAAACUGUCUCUUCCUUAAAGUUUCAGUCCUUUAUCAAUUAGCAUGCGUUAGCAGCUGCCCACUUGUUUCCUUCCUUCGUUUGAUUCCUCGUUUCAUCAAGCUAGUAGUUUUUAAGGUGGUUAUUCUUUUUGUUCAUAUGAAAAUCUGAGAAGAAUUAACUUCCCUAUAUUGCAUGCUUUGUGAAGUAUUUUAAUGAUUAGUUUAGUUCUGUUGUAAUAAUCUUUCACUGCAGAAUAACAACCACCCUUCUUCGUUAUUUAUUGAGUUACUACUUGUGUUGUUUCAAUGGGGCCAAAUUUUUUGUUUUCAAUGCCGGAAUCGUAUAUGGGUUUGUAUUCUUUACUGCUUACCAAAACUGCAGAACUUUGGUUGCAAGAGGUCCUGUAUAGUCAAUUUAGUGCUCAUGAACUAAUGCGGUUUUUUUAAGUACAAUUUACUCAAACCAUAAAUUGUUUCUCCUGCAGCUCUGAUCUCACCAUCCAAGUUGUCUGAGUUGCUUGUGUUGUAAAACAAAGCAACUAAGCUUUCUGAAGUGUUGAAUUUCCAAGAAAACAAAAGGGAAAAAAGAAGAAGAGUUCGGAAGUGCUGCUGCUUGUCAAUUAUAGCAAGUUAAAACUAUUACUGUUAAAGACAUGGCUGAGGAAAAUCCUGUUAAUGGAGAUGUAAUCAAGGAGGAGGGCACGACAGCAUCAAACGGAAACUCAGCAGUGGUGGAUUCUGAAAACAACGCACAAGAUACAAGCAAGAGCAAGGAGGAUGGCACCAAAACGGUUCCAUUUCACAAGCUUUUCUCCUUUGCUGAUUCCUUGGAUUACCUGUUAAUGUCUGUUGGUACAAUCAGCGCCAUUGGAAAUGGGAUCUGUAUGCCUCUCAUGACCAUAAUCCUUGGAGAUGUGAUUAAUUCUUUUGGAGGAGCGGGGAAUACCAAAGGCGUGGUUGAUGCAGUUUCCGAGGUGGCUCUAAAGUUCGUUUAUUUGGCUGUGGCAGCUGCUGCUCUUUCAUUUCUACAAAUGUCUUGCUGGAUGGUCACUGGAGAGAGACAAGCUUCACGAAUAAGAAGUUUAUACUUGAAAACAAUUAUAAGGCAAGAUGUUGGCUUUUUUGAUAAAGAAACGAACACUGGGGAAAUUGUUGGGAGGAUGUCAGGUGAUACCGUGCUCAUUCAAGCGGCAAUGGGCGAAAAGGUAGGAAGUUUUAUCCAAUUAAUUGCAACAUUCAUCGGAGGCUUUGUUAUAGCAUUUGUUAAGGGAUGGCUUCUCACCCUUGUCAUGCUAUCAUCUCUUCCCCUUCUCGUCCUCUCUGGUGCCGUCAUAGGCAUAAUUAUAUCGAAGUUGGCAUCCCAGGGGCAAACUGCUUAUUCACAGGCAGCAAUUGUAGUAGAGCAGACAAUUGGUUCAAUAAGAACUGUUGCAUCCUUUACAGGAGAAAAACAAGCUAUAGCUAAUUACAACAACUCCUUAAUUAAGGCAUACAAUUCUGGUGUGCAAGAGGGCUUGGCAUCUGGAUUUGGAAUUGGAGCGGUAUUGCUUGUUAUGAUGUGUAGUUAUGCUUUGGCUAUAUGGUUUGGCGGAAAGAUGAUUCUUGAAAGAGGAUAUACAGGAGGAGAAGUAAUAAAUGUAAUUUUCGCUGUGCUGACUGGUUCCAUGUCUCUUGGGCAAGCAUCUCCAUCCAUGAAUGCAUUUGCUGCUGGACAAGCUGCAGCUUACAAGAUGUUUGAGACGAUUAACAGAAAGCCAGAGAUAGAUGCUUAUGAUACUAAUGGGAAGCAGUUGCAUGAUAUACGUGGAGACAUAGAACUGAGGGAUGUUCAUUUUAGUUAUCCUACGAGACCAGAUGAACAAGUAUUCCAUGGAUUUUCACUCUCAAUACCUAGUGGUGUAACUGCUGCUUUGGUUGGAGAGAGCGGAAGUGGUAAAUCAACUGUGAUCAGUUUGAUUGAGAGAUUUUAUGACCCCCAAGCUGGUGAAGUUCUUAUUGAUGGUAUUAAUCUGAAAGAGUUCCAGCUGAAAUGGAUCAGACAGAAAAUAGGCCUUGUCAGCCAGGAACCCGUUUUGUUUACCUCUAGCAUUAAAGAUAACAUUGCCUACGGGAAGGAUGGUGCCACUGAUGAAGAAAUACUGGCUGCUUCUGAGCUUGCUAAUGCUGCUAAAUUCAUAGACAAACUGCCUCAGGGACUAGACACAAUGGUUGGUGAACAUGGAGCUCAGCUGUCUGGGGGCCAAAAGCAGAGAGUUGCCAUAGCUAGAGCAAUUCUGAAAGACCCAAGAAUUCUACUAUUAGAUGAAGCCACAAGUGCUCUUGAUGCAGAAUCUGAGAGAGUUGUGCAGGAGGCACUGGACAAAAUUAUGGUAAACCGCACCACAGUCAUUGUAGCCCACCGUUUGAGCACAGUAAGGGAUGCUGACACCAUUGCUGUUAUACACAGGGGAACAAUUGUCGAAAAAGGUCCACAUUCUGAGCUAAUCAAGGACCCUGAUGGAGCAUAUAGCCAGCUUAUAAGGUUGCAAGAAAUGAGCAGUGUGUCAGAACAAACUUCUGUGAAUGAUCAUGAAAGGCCAGAAAUUAUAAGUAUGGAUUAUCGGAAACAUUCAAGACAAAGACUUUCAAACUUACGAUCCAUAAGCAAGGGAUCAUCUGGAAGAGGAAGUAGCAGUCGUCAUUCCUUCUCAGUCUCAUAUGAUGUGCCGUCUGCAGUAGGUGUCCCUGAAACAGCACAUGCAGGAUCUGAUAUUCCUGAGUCAGCAUCAUCAAGCGCGCCUCCAGAAGUUUCACUUCGUCGCCUGGCUUACUUGAACAAGCCAGAGAUCCCUGUUUUAUUACUUGGUACCAUAGCCGCAGCAGCCAAUGGGGCAAUCUUACCUACUUUUGGGGUACUGAUAUCCAGUGUAAUCAAGUCCUUCUUUGAGCCACCUCAUGAACUCCGAAAGGACUCUAAGUUUUGGGCCUUAAUCUUCAUUGUUCUAGGAGUGGCAUCUUUCAUAGUACUUCCCGCAAGACAGUACCUUUUUGCUGUGGCUGGUUGUAAAUUAAUAAAACGAGUCCGAUCUCUGUGCUUUGAGAAGGUGGUUUACAUGGAAGUAAGUUGGUUUGACGAUCCUGAGCACUCGAGUGGUGCAAUUGGUGCAAGGCUUUCUGCAGAUGCAGCUUCUCUGCGAGGGCUGGUUGGAGAUGCUCUAGCUUUGGUUGUUGAGAAUCUAGCAAUGGCAAUUGCUGGUUUGGUGAUUGCUUUUGUGGCAAAUUGGCAACUCGCUCUUAUAAUCCUAGUUCUGCUUCCGCUGUUAGGAGUAACUGGUUACGUUCAAGUCAAGUUCAUGACAGGAUUCAGUGCAGAUGCAAAGAAAAUGUACGAGGAGGCAAGUCAAGUAGCGACUGAUGCUGUAGGGAGUAUUAGAACAAUUGCUUCCUUCUGUGCUGAAGAGAAGGUGAUGGAGUUAUACCAGAGAAAAUGUGAAGGCCCUAUUAAGACAGGGAUUAGACGAGGGUUAAUCAGUGGGAUAGGAUUUGGGCUAUCAUUCUUUUUUCUUUUUUCUGUGUACGCGUGUAGUUUUUAUGCUGGUGCCCGACUAGUUGCAGCAGGCAAGACGACAGUCUCUGAUGUUUUCCGGGUUUUCUUUGCUCUCACUAUAACAGCUGUUGGAGUGUCUCAGUCUGGAUCCCUAGCCCCUGAUGUAAGUAAAGUAAAAUGCUCUGCUGCUUCCAUAUUUGCAAUUCUCGACCGGAAAUCAAAGAUAGACUCCAGUGAUGACUCAGGAAAAACUAUGGAAAAUGUUAAGGGAGAAAUUGAAUUUCGACAUGUGAGUUUCAAGUAUCCAACCAGACCUGACGUUAAAAUUUUUGAGGAUCUUUGCUUGACCAUCCAUCCUGGCAAGACGGUUGCUCUGGUGGGAGAAAGCGGAAGUGGGAAAUCAACAGUCGUCUCCUUGUUGCAGAGAUUUUAUGAUCCUGAUUCGGGUUACAUUACACUAGAUGGAAUGGAAAUCCAAAAGCUACAGUUAAAGUGGUUGAGACAGCAAAUGGGGCUGGUGAGCCAGGAGCCUGUAUUGUUUAAUGACACAAUCCGAGCCAACAUUGCAUAUGGAAAGGAAGGGGAUGCAACAGAAGCUGAAAUUGUAGCUGCAGCAGAAUUGGCAAACGCUCACAAAUUCAUCAGUAGUUUACAACAGGGUUAUGAUACAACCGUAGGAGAGCGGGGUGUUCAGUUGUCCGGUGGACAGAAGCAAAGGGUGGCAAUUGCAAGAGCCAUAAUGAAGGCCCCAAAGAUUUUACUACUAGAUGAAGCCACAAGUGCGCUUGAUGCGGAAUCCGAACGCGUAGUUCAAGAUGCAUUGGAUCGUGUCAUGGUGGAUCGAACCACGGUGGUGAUUGCUCAUCGGUUAUCCACGAUCAGGAGUGCAGAUUUAAUAGCCGUGGUGAAAAAUGGAGUGAUUGCAGAGAAAGGAAAGCAUGAAACUUUGCUCAAUGUCGAGGAUGGCAUUUAUGCUUCUUUGGUAGCACUCCAUGCAAGUGCCUCAUCGUAGAGAGCUUUGCAAAGAGGUAAAUUAGCAAGAGGCAUGUUUCCAUUUUUUUCUUCUUUCCUGAAAGCUUCACUUGGAAUCUGAAGUGUAAUACAACACUUAUGAAUACAGCCCUUAAUAAUGUUGGAUUUGUUUACAUUA